AUGGGAAUAGGACGUGUUCUCGUCAUCGCCGGUUCUGACAGUUCCGGUGGAGCCGGACUCGAAGCAGAUCAAAAAGUAAUCGCGGCACAUGAAUGUUAUGCUAUGACUGCUACGACAGCCUUGACGGCUCAAAAUACUCGAGGUGUUGAGGAUAUUCAUCAUAUUCCUGCAGAGUUUGUGGGGAAGUUGAUUGAUGUGACGAUUGGGGAUAUGGGGGUCGAUGUAGUGAAGACUGCUUCCGCGGAAACAGUAGAAGUGGUGGCGAAAGCAUUAAAGAGACAUCACGUAAAGACUUUGAUUGUUGAUCCUGUGAUGAUAUCUACAAGUGGAACGCAGCUUCUUCCUUCUAUAGCUAUUCGCCAUCUACGAGAAUUGCUGUUGCCUUAUACCACUGUACUCACACCCAAUGUGCCUGAAGCGAAACUACUUCUUUCCGAUGCUGGCAAGUUUGUCGAGGAACCAAAGAAUUUGGAUGACCUUAAAAAUAUAGCGAAGGAGGUACAAUCCUUAGGGCCGAGAUAUGUAUUGGUGAAGGGAGGUCAUCUGCCUUUACGGAAAGAUGGGACAGUGGCAACGAAGGAAGAGGAAAAGGAACUCAUGGUUGAUAUUUUGUACGGAGAAGGGGUCAUCACAGAAAUCCGGACUAAAUAUCAAAACUCGCGAAACACCCAUGGAACGGGAUGCUCGAUGGCAUCCGCUAUUGCUUCCAACAUUGCCAAAGGAAUACCCCUAGUACAGGCCGUGAGGAGUGCUUGUUGGGGCCAUUUCAUAGAAUAUCUUCUAGAAAGACCGGAUGUCACAGGAGCUUGGCGUGACCAUACUGAGCAUGCGUUUGUUGCUGGAAUUGGGGAUGGAACCUUACCAAUGGAGUCAUUCAAGUACUAUCUCAUUCAAGAUUAUCUUUAUCUUGUUCCUUCAUACAAAGCCAAAACUAUGGAAGGCAUUGCUGCAUCUGCAGGUAUCGUACUUCAUAUUCAUCGCGAGAUGGCUUUACAUAUCAAUUAUUGUGAGGGUUUUGGCAUGACGAAAGCAGAGAUAGAAGCCUGCGAGGAGAGUCAAGAAUUAACGAUUUGGGCAGCUUUGCUUGAGAAAUAUGCUGUCUUGCAGUCACCCAACAGGAUAGAGGAACUGGUCAAGAUAUUCAUUCAUGCAACAAAGGAUUUUGGGACAUGGGUGGCGGUGGAGGAAGAGUACGGAGGUUGA